GCACCGGUUUCCGGGGUGGGGUCCAUUCCUGUCACGGCGCGGUUGCGGCGCGGUGGCCGGCGAGCGACGAUGCCUGAGGCUACCCGGAUCCGUGCCGGCAGCGGGGCCGAGUCGGAGCCCGACAGCCCUAUGGAAAGUGAGGCUGCGCCAGACGGCAGCCGGCGGCGGCGCAAGAAGGAGAAGAAAGAGAAGAAAUCCAAGCGGCACGAUAAGGCUCGGAAGAGGAAAGCUCAGGCAGAUGAAAGCGAGCAGUCGGAAGAAGAAGAGAGUGAGUCGCCAAAGCCCAAGAAAGCAAAGAACAGAGGGAAGCAAAAUGGGCACGUGAGGGAGGAGAGCCCAGAGAAUGCCAAGCUGUCUUCUAUCAGUGCCAAAUCCACCCACAAGAAACAGCCCAGCAACUCCAGCGAAACGUCCAGUGGGGAUGGGGACAGUGACCAGGAGCAGGAGAUGACUGAAGAGCAGAAAGAGGGUGCUUUCUCCAAUUUCCCUAUCUCUAAAGGGACCAUUCAGCUUCUUCAAGCUCGAGGAGUGACAUACCUGUUUCCUGUGCAAGUGAAGACCUUCCACCCAGUAUAUUCUGGCAAAGAUGUAAUUGCUCAAGCACGAACUGGAACAGGGAAGACUUUCUCUUUUGCUAUUCCAUUAAUUGAAAAGCUUCAGACAGACUCGGAGGAAAGAAGAAGAGGCCGUUCACCAAAAGUUCUGGUUCUUGCUCCAACAAGAGAGCUGGCAAAUCAGGUUGCCAAAGAUUUCAAGGACAUAACGAGAAAGCUGACAGUAGCUUGUUUUUAUGGAGGAACACCAUACAACGGACAAAUUGAUCUCAUUAGAAGUGGAAUCGACAUUUUGGUUGGGACACCUGGUCGAAUCAAAGACCAUCUUCAGAAUGGCAAGCUGGACCUUACCAAGGUGAAACAUGUUGUCCUUGAUGAAGUUGACCAGAUGUUGGACAUGGGAUUUGCUGAACAGGUGGAGGACAUCUUACGAGUUGCGUACAAGAAAGAUUCUGAAGACAAUCCUCAGACGCUGCUGUUUUCUGCAACAUGCCCAAACUGGGUGUAUGAUGUGGCCAAAAAAUACAUGAAGUCUAAAUAUGAGCAGGUUGACUUGAUUGGGAGAAAAACUCAGAAGGCUGCUACAACAGUAGAACAUUUGGCCAUAGAAUGUCACUGGUCUCAGAGAGCUGCAGUUAUUGGAGAUGUCAUUCAGGUCUACAGUGGCAGCCACGGGAGGACCAUUGUAUUUUGUGAAACCAAAAAGGAUGCAAAUGAACUGGCUCUGAAUGCGUCAAUCAAGCAGGAUUGCCAGUCAUUGCAUGGUGACAUUCCUCAGAAGCAAAGAGAGAUCACACUGAAAGGUUUCAGAAAUGGUGCAUUUAAAGUUCUGGUUGCAACCAACGUAGCUGCCCGUGGUUUAGAUAUCCCUGAAGUUGACCUAGUUGUACAAAGUUCACCACCAAAGGAUGUGGAGUCCUACAUCCAUCGUUCUGGACGCACAGGUCGAGCGGGGCGGACUGGGAUCUGUAUCUGUUUUUAUCAGCGAAAGGAAGAAAAUCAGUUAAGAUAUGUGGAACAGAAAGCGGGCAUUACAUUCAAGCGUGUUGGUGUUCCUACUGCAACAGAUAUAAUAAAAGCUUCCAGCAAAGAUGCUAUCAGAUGUCUGGAUUCUGUUCCCCAGUCUGCUAUUGAUUAUUUCAAAGAGUCUGCUCAGUUGCUAAUAGAAGAAAAGGGACCAGUUCAUGCUUUGGCUGCAGCUCUAGCACAUAUUUCAGGUGCUACUUCCAUUGAACAGCGCUCCCUGCUGAACUCAGAUGUGGGAUUUGUUACAAUGGUACUGCGCUGCUCUGAAGAAAUAAACAACAUGAGCUAUGUUUGGCGAAAACUACGGGAACAGCUGGGUGGUGAUGUUGACAGAAAGGUGAACAGAAUGUGUUUCAUCAAGGGAAGAAUGGGUGUGUGCUUUGAUAUUCCUGCAGCAGAUCAAAAGGACAUAGAGGAAAGAUGGGAAGAUUCCAAGCAGUGCUGUCUGUGUGUGGCGAAUGAAUUACCUGAGCUAGAAGAAUCCCAGCGAGGAGGUGGAGGAGGAGGAGGAGGAAGAGGAAGAGGAGGAGGAGGAGGAGGAGGAGGAGGAGGAAGAGGACGAGGAAGAGGAGGAAAUAGCAGAAGCUUCUCAGGCUCUAGGAAUGGACGGCGGGGUGGCUCGGGAAGAAACAGAUUCAAAAGCAGCGGCCAGAAACGAAGCUAUGACAGAGCGUUUGAUCGCUGACCUCAGAAGCCUGGAGUGGAGAAGCAGGAUGGCAGUAUUUUAUAAUAUGUUAAAAUAGGCUGUUCCUGUGUCUGUACCACUUCAAAAAAACAUGUCAUUCAUUUUUUGGGGUUUUUUUCCUCAGUACUACUUUGGUCAUAAACAAGAUCAUGUUGUCCAUUUAAAAAAAAAAAAAAAAAGCAACUGUUUCUUUACUGCCAUUUCAUCUGUGUGUAGAACCUCCAUCUUUGUUCCAGAAUCCGUGUGUCGCAUCCAAACCUGUAGCCUAGCUCACUGUAUAAAAUAUAGAUCUUAACUGAUGGCCAAACCUGUACAUU